UCUUCGGUUAAUUACAAUUUUCGCUAUUGUUCAUAACUAAAUUUUUAAAUUUUAUAGAAAACUGGAAACUUGUUGUAAAUUUAAUAGAGAAAAUUUUUUAAUUUAAUAAUAUUCACAAUAAUAAUAUUCACAAUAAUAAUAAAAAUAAUUAUAUAACUAUGGAUAUGUACGAUUUUUCGGGCGAUGGAAUGAAAAAAGAUGAAAAUUUGGUAAAGCAUUCACAAAUAAAGGAUUAUUUUAAAGGAAAAAGUGUUUUACUAACUGGUGGCUUAGGAUUUUUGGGACAAUUAUAUGUUGAAAAAUUAUUAAGAUCAGAUGUCAAAGAAAUAUUUCUGGUUGCACGAGACAAAAAGGGUAAAACUGCAGAACAACGUUGUCUAGAGGAAUUUUCAGGCACCCACUUUUGUAAAUUGAAAGCCCACGAUCCGAAUUUCUUUAAACGUAUUCGUAUUGUUUUGGGAGACAUCAAACUCGAAAAUAUUGGAAUUUCUGAUAAUGAUUUAAAAGAUAUUUAUGAAAAUGUUAAUAUAGUUUUGCAUGCAGCUGCUGAUGUUCGAUUCGAUGAAAAAUUAGUUAAUUUGAUUUUAACGAAUUUACGUGGAACUCGUGAAUUAUUAAAGAUUUCUGAAAAAAUAAAGAAUUUAGAAGUUUUUGCAUAUAUAUCAACAGGAUAUAGUAAUUGUAAUCGUAAAGUAAUUGAAGAAAAAUUUUAUGAGCCACCAGUUGAUUCUGAAGGAAUAAUUACAUUUUUUGAAAAAUUAAAUCAAAUUGAAUUAGAUGAAAUCGAAAGAUUAACUGAUAUUAUAAUUAAACCAUGGCCAAAUACUUAUGUUUUUUCAAAAUGUUUAUCAGAAGACUUAGUGAGACGAUAUGGUAAAAAAUUUCCAACAAUUGUAAUUAGACCAACUAUUGUAAUAUCAACACAUGAAGAUCCAGUACCUGGUUGGUGUAAUAACAUUUAUGGUUUAAAUGGUGUCUUAGUUGCAUGUGGAACAGGUGUAUUAAGAGUUAUGCCAUUUGAUAGAAAUUUAAUUGGUGAUGUUGUAUGUGCUGAUCAUGUUACAAAUUCAACUUUAGCUGCCAUGUGGUAUACCGAUUUAAAACAAAAAGAAUUAAAUCAAAAAUCAAUAAAAAAUAAUAUAAAAGAAAUUUUAAAUCCUGAAGUUUAUUAUGUUGGAACAAGUGUAGAGAAGCCAACAACAUGGAGAGAAAUUGCUGAAGCAACAAAUAGAGAAUGUACAAAAAAUCCACCGGCUAGUGCAAUGUGGAAACAAUGUGAAAAUGAUACUGUUUGCCCGUUCUUAUUCUUUUACUAUUCAAUUUUAUUUCAUUUUAUACCGGCUAUAUUUAUUGACAUAUAUCUUACGUUGGCCAAAAAGAAAUUAAGGUUUAUGCCAAUUUAUAGAAAAGUGCAAAAAUUUAUGAUAGCAUUGAAAUUUUUUAUGCAAACUGAAUUUAAAUUUACAAAUAACAAUAUUAAAAAAGUUAUUGAUUCGAUGACACCAGAUGAUGAAGAAUUUUAUCCAAGCGAUAUUAGAAAAUAUGAUUGGCAACAUUUUUCAUAUAAUUAUGUAUUGGGUUUAAGAAGAUAUAUUGGAAGAGAAGAUCCUUUAGAUACCAAUUCAUAUAAAAAAUAUAACAGAUUUGUAUAUUUACAUACAAUAUUUUUGGCAAUAUUCUAUGGUUUUCAUUUUACUAUUUUAUGGUUUUUUGUUAAAAGAUUUGAUUUAAUUAAUUGUAUGUACAAAUUGUUAUUUUGAAUUUUUAAUAUGGUUUUAAUAUAAUAAGUUAUAUAAGGUAUAAUAAAAUUAAAAUAAAUAAAUUUGAAUUAAUUUCAUUUUGAAAAUUGCCAGAACAAUUA